AGCAGCAAGAAAUUACGGAAGACAUCUUCACGACAAAAACCAACAACAUCAUUAAAAAACUGGAGGACAGGCAAAACCUCAAAAUCAACCCCAUCCAAGACACACAAAACAACGACACUCUACAAGAAUGGAAAGAGCUGCUGGA